AUGGCUCGCCACCCCCACAAUGGCCCCUCGCGGAUCAAUCGGAUUAUCUACGCCAAACACCGACGGGACAAGACAGAUAUCUCAGCCGAUGGAAAAUCCGAUCUGCUAGGCACUGUGGACCGAAUCCAAGUACCUCUUCUAGGUUCAGCGGACACCUACUCGCACAAGCCUUGCGGCCCCCAGAAUACAGUAUGCCCGGAGGAUAGCGUUGGUGGAUCUGACGUGACUGUUGAGAAACGCGAGUCUGACGCGACCCCAGGCGUGGCCGUCCAAACAGUUAUCCAAGUCGUCGACACUAAUUCAAAUACGCUGUGGCGGUCGAUUGGCACGGAAUUCCCUCCUACCAUUUCUAACUCUCUUUUUGGAGUUGUGACUAUUCCCGGGAUUUCGGUUACCGCAUUGAAGGAUACGUCGUCAGAUGUUACUACGGGUGCUGUCGAUCACCAUAUGCUCACACCUCCCGCCACAAGUAGUCCAACUACGGCGCCUACGGCCACAGCCAGCACCUCGACCGCGGCAACUACGUCCAGCAAGCAACUGCUACCCCCGGUCUCGUCGCCAAAAGCUUCUGCUCCUGCAAGCUCCAAGUCUCAUUCUCCUCUGCCUCCAGAUGUAUCCACCACUUCAACGGUCUUGGGUACUCCUAUUGUUGAUAUCGUUAAUUCGUCAACUAGCUCUUACCUAGACAGCUCGACAAGCCGGUCUUCCUAUACCUCUUACGUCACCUCGCACGGACCGAGCUCCAGCAUCAAUCGCCUGGCUGGUACGGCGUCUCCAACCCCUACCAGCUCGAGUUCGAGCUCCAGCACGGGAUCGGGAUUAAGCCCAAGUACGAAGACGCCUCAAAUUGUGGGCGGUGUUGUGGGAAGCGUGGCAGGUGUGGCAGUGCUGAUUCUCCUCCUGCUGGUGAUUCUUCGCCGGCGACAAUUCCUGGCUUUCUUCCAGCGUAAAAGUGCUGAUACCCUCCCAAGUGAACCCGCAUCGUACUUUGCGCCAGCAUUCAUGAAGCGCUGGCGAACUUCCACGAUGACCACCAGGACAGACAGCACAGCCGAUACAAACACCACUGAGCGUGGAUUCCAGAAAGUUUCCGGCCGCAAGAUUCCACCCGUGCUCACCCACGGUGGCGAUGGCUAUGGCGGCGGCCUAGAGGGAGACUCACCCACAAUCCCGGACAGUUUGAUCGGGAUUACUCCUGCGUCUCCGGUGGGUGGACCGCCUCCGUCGUCGCCGCAUGGCAUGCCUUUGGACAGCAACGUCGUCCGUGAGGCUGACGAGUCGCUUUCGCCCGUGCCCCCGUCCAAUGCGCAAAUCCCUGUCGCAAGCUCCGUGAGAUUUGGCAACCCAACUCCAGUCACGCAGUCGUCUUUGCUUCCUCAGCCGCAAAGUGCCAUUCCCGGGUCUCCGACACGGCCAGACGGAGUGGGCCGCAGCAAUCCCAGCUUUGACGGGAGCCGAAGUAGUCGCUUCACGGAAAGUCUUGACUUGUGA